ACUCCUGACUUCAGGUGAUCUGCCCACCUUGGCCUCCCAAAGUGCUACGAUUACAGGUGUGAGCCACUGCGCCUGGCCAUAAGUUAAUGUUUGCAAAGUGCCUAGAAUAGUAACUCGCAUAUGCUAAGCUCUACAUAAUUUUUUUUCAUAAAAUGAAAAGAAAAUCAUUAUAGCUGCUGGGUUGAAAAUAGCAGUAGAUAUGCAAAUGUGGAAGAAGGGUAGCCCGGUAGGUGUAAGACAACUAUAAAAAUCCCAAGGAAAAAUGGUAACAAGAACCAUUUCUUAGAAUGAUAGCUAAUAGAGGUAAUGGCAGUAGAGGUGGUGAAAAGGGGCAGAAGAAGAAAAAAAGAGACAAGAAAUCAGGGAUGACAGCAGGUGCCAUGUCCAGCCGCAAAGGUGGCAAGAAGAAGCCCCUGAAACAGCCCAAGAAGCAGGCCAAGGAGAUGCACAAGGAAGAGAAGACUUUCAAGCAGAAACAAAAAGAGGAGCAAAAGAAACUCGAGGAGCUAAAAGCGAAGGUGGCAGGGAAGGGGCCCCUGGCCACAGGUGGAAUUAAGAAAUCUGGCAAAAAGUAAGCUGUUCCUUGUGCCUGAGGAAAUGAUGACCCUUUAUUUCAUCAGUAUUUAAACAUCAGUAUUCCCUGCCAUAACAUCUUUUGCCACCGAUAGCUGGAAUUAAGUGUUGUUUUGGAGCUGUUGUACAUUUAAG